CUUCUUCUUUCUCUGCUUUAUCUAUUCAAAAAUGUCUCGUGCAUCCAAGCCCCUGACAAUUUCUCGCCUCAAUGACGUGAUUUUGGGCUGUUUUUGCCAUGUCAAGCCCUCUGAGACGGUCGACCACCUCGUUCGGUACCUUGGAACAUGGAGCGGUAGCGACAAGCUGUUCAUGCUUAUCCAAUACACCCUCAAACUAGUCGCGCCGUUCUUGCGUCUGCGAGCGAGACUGCAGCACCAGGCAGGGCUCAGGCAGAACCCAACCAGUACCACAGCUGCUGGCUACGACAAGCUUGCUGGAAUCAUCGGAGAUUCUCGAACCCUGUGGAGGAUGUGGGGCUUGCUUCCCAUCUUCCAAUGGCUGAUCUCGCUCGAACGAAGCCCUCCCGCUACCCGUACACUCCUGACUAUUGAAAGACUGCAAGGCUGGUCCAUGCUCGCGUACUACCCCCUCGAGCACCUCUACUACCUCGUCUCGCACGGCAUUAUCCCCUCCACCAUCACAUCCCCCCUCUCCCUCUUCUCCUCCAAGCCCAAAAAGAUCAAGCUCGAUGCGGGCAAACUGUCCCUCUGGUCCACCCGCUUCUGGGCCGUCUAUGUGUUCUUGCAUUUUGCUCAUUUGAUUGAGGACCGCAAGUUGUUGAUUCAGCGCCAGCGUGCGCUGAGGAAGUCGAAGGCGAACGGUCUGUCUGCGGAGGAGAAGAAGGAUAUCAGGAAUCGGUGGGACGCGUUUUGGUCCGAGGUUGUUAUUAACCUUGGGUAUCUCCCGCUUACUAUCCACUGGUCGUUGGAGAAGGGGCUUUUCAAGAACGAUCUUUGGGUUACCACUUUCGGUCUGAUUGCGGCUGUUGCCUCGUUCAGGUCGGGCUGGAGAGCUACUGCACUCCCGCCUCCUCCACCUCCACCGGCCAACGAGGAAAAGGACCAGGAUGCUGCCAACUGA